AUGGCGCCUCGUGCUGCCCAUUGGCUGUGCCGCACCGCCUACACCGGCGACCACGUGCAGGAGGACAUGGGCGAACAUUGGGGUGCCGUGGCGCAGGCGUGCGUGGGCCACCUCAACCGCUACUUCAACUACGAGGGCGACGGGCUCGCCAAGCGCACGGGCCAUUUCGAGCUGCCGACGUACAGGUGGCAGGACAUCGAGAACCCCGCCGCCAUGGAGGCCACCGCCACGCAGGCGUGGGCCGAGGGCGCGGAGUGGCCGGCCCGCAGGCUCAAGGACCUGCACGACAGCGCGUCGGCCUGGCUCGCCAAGGGCCGCGACGACGCCAACUUCAAGUACAGGGUGGACGUGCUGGCCAAGAGCCUCCUCAGCCACCCCAUCGUGAUGCCGCUCUUCCCCAGGCGCGCCUCCGACCAUCAGCAGUACGCGGCCGAGCAGGAGGGCGUCGUCGACGAGAAUGACGACGAGGCGUUGCCGGGGGUGUUUGAGGGCGAAACAUCCCCUGACUUCCCUCAGGAGGAGGCGGAGGUGGUACAGGGCCGCCUCGCGGCCAAAGCGCCACUUUCUUGCGGGCCCGAGGCCGUCAGUUGGAGCGACACCUGCUGGCCAGACAUCGAGAGCACGCUGGGCUGCCUCACAGCCGACACGGUCACCGACAGCGAGCUCAGCUACAUCCUCUGCAUGAUCAAGCUGCUGGAUAUCGCCAGCCGCCGCAGCUGGCUGACAGCGCACCGCGCCUCGGCCGCCAGCGGGAGGCGUUGGGUGCGCACCCGUGGACAGAAAGGGGCUGGUGCCAUCCACCGAUGGACCAAGCCCGCCAACCCGUGGCAGCCGCAGACCACCGCGGGCGACACGCAGAACCUGGAGGACCACGCGCUCGUGCACCCCCAGGCCGUUGCGGACAACGCGCUGGCGGGCUGGGAGAGCAUCUGGGGCGACACGCUGAACGAGCAGGACCCCUGGCUGCAGGCCCCCACGGACCUGGAGAUGGCGGCCGACUGGCACCCACGACUGUGGCAGCUAGGCGGCUACGCAGGUGCAGCGCGCAUCGCCAGCGCGCGGAAUGCCGUGGGGGCGGGAGCUCCCUGGCCCGCGGCGCAGUCCACCAUCCUGUUCUACUUCCCGGCCAAGCCGCACGGUUGCUACCGCAACCUCGGGCUGAUUCCCGAGCUGGCGAGGCUGUGGGAGACCAUCCGCGUGCCGUGCGCGCGGGGCUGGGAGACCAAGAACAGGCGCGACUACGACUUGGGCAGCCCGAGGCAGGACCUAGACAGCGCGGUCACGUACUUCGACCUGGUAAAGUGCUUCGAGCUCGCGACGCACGCCAAGGUCUGGGAGGCCGGGCUGCGCCGGGGCUUCAACCACAUCAUCCUGACGGUGAUCCCGCGGAUCCACAUCAUGGUGCGGAGGGCCGUCUUGGCAGACUGCUACAUCGAGGGGAGACAAUGGGCGCGCGGCAUCGUCGCGGGCAGCCGCUUCGCGCCCGUCUGCCCAAAGAUGGUGUUCUUCGCCGAGCUGGACGGGGUCGCGCAGGCCUUCCCGCGGGCAGACACGUUCCUCUUCUUCGACGACCUGGCGGGGGCCACCCGCGGACCGCGGCAGCCCGUGCUCCACUGGCGCGCCGCCUUGGCUCAGACACUGCUGCGCGCGUCCGAGCAGACUUUGGGCAUGCAAGUCUCCAAGGGCGAGCGGGGCAAGACCGCCACCAUGACCUCGGCCCCGUCGCUCCAGCCCACCCUCGCCAAGCGCAUCAGGCCGAUGAACCGGCGCAUGGCGACCCCCGAGAACCAUCUGGGCAUCACCGCGGGCGCGGGCCGACGCAGGCGAGCCGCAGCCUUUUCCAAGCGGGCCGCGAAGUUCUUAGCGAGGCGGGAUCAUAUCGCCAGGGCCAUGGGCUUGGCGGAUGCCAAGGUCGGAGAGCUGCGCCAGAGCGUCGCCUCCUCGUGCAACGGGAACGCAAAAGGGGACCCAGGUGCGACGGCCAACGUGGCGCCCCUCCUGGCCUGGGCGCAGGCGCGGCACGAGGCCGAGCACUGGCCGCACCUCAUCGGCCACCUGCAGGCCGCCUGGAAGCGCUGGGCGCCCAAGGUGGCGCGCGCCAAGGUGCCCUGGCAGAUCGCCAGAGCGCCCGCAGGCGCCUUCAUCGCCGCCGUGCGGCGCCUGGGCUGGCAGACCCAAGGGGCGCACUCCAUCGCCAUCGGCGCCGAGGUGCUCGACCUGCGCAUCCUGCCGCUGCGCGAGCUCCGCUGCCGAGUGAAGCAGGCCACCGAGCAGAGCCGCAAGGACGCCUGGCUCGCCAAGUGGGGGGAGACUCACCAGCUGGAGUCGCUGUUCGCGGAGCCCAAGGGCGCCGUGGCCGACCCCAUCUGCAAUGCGUGCAACGCGGAGGCUGGGACUGACAGCCACCGUACCUUCGCGUGCGCCGCCAGGAACGAGGACCGCCGCGCCGUCUGCGGCUUGCACGUCGCACAGCGCGGCGCCCGUCCGUGGCCUGGGUCCGAGCAGCUCUGGGGCCGAGGCCUCGCAAGCGACCCCGCCGUGGAAGCCGGGCUGUGGCAGCUGCCGUCGGCCAGCGAGAUGCUCGUCCACGGCGAGUGCGACGGCCCCGUCACAGGGGAUGUCUACGCGGACGGCAGCCUCCUCAACGGCGCCCACGCGGCGCUGCGGCGAGGAGGAUGGUGUUUCGCGCAGUUGACGGAGAAGAACGAAUUGAAGCAUGCGGUCUACGGGCCGCGCCCAGGCGGGCACGAGCUUGUGUCCGUCCUGCGAAUCUUCCAGGUGGCCUUCCCGCCCAUCCACGCCUGGCCCGACUGCCGGGCCAUCCUGGGCGGCUUCGCGCGGGGCCCCGCCUGGGCCGUGCACCCAGCCACCCUGCGCAGCGACUUGCGGCGGGAGCGCUGGGAGCGGAUCGCUGAACAUGGGGGAGUAGGGCCUAGAGGCAUCAGCUUUAGUUAA